AUGGCAACCACUAAACGGACUGCUGUGAACUAUGUCACAGAUCGCAAACUGGACCUUAUCAGAUUGCUCAAGGAUCUGACACUUAUUGUUGACAACCUUCAGCAGCAGAGAGUUUUCCUCAAUGAGGAAGUGGAAGUUAUUAAUAGUAAGGAGACAAGAAGUGACAAAGCCAGAGAAAUACUGGACAGAGUCGUUAAAAAGGGAGAAGCUGCAUGCUACAAGUUACUGGAGAUUCUGUACAUUACGAGACAGAGGACAUUACUGGAGCCUUCCUCUGAUUCAAAGGACAGACGGCAGCAUGACCUGUACCACUGGAUCAGCUGCUUCCCAUUCAAGGAAGACCAAGAGGUGGACACUGACAUCUUUGAAGUAAAGGACCUUGUGGAGAACCUCCUCCCGGAUGCAAAGAUUGUGACCACAUGCAGACCAGAUCAAUCGGAAGACUUCCUGACAGACUGGCCCACAGACUGGUUCAGAGUGGAGGUGAAAGGGUUCAGUGAUGAAUCCAUCAGGGCUUAUUUAACACAGAUGCUGAGUGCUGAGACUGACUCCUUGAGCAGUGUGUUAAACAACCUAGAGUUGUUCAGUCUGUGCCAUGUCCCAAUAAUCCAGACAAAAUCAGAGGUUCUAGAGAAGUGCCAGACUGAAGAAUGGAAACACACAAAACACUUGAUUCCUUUCCUGUUUGGGCUUCUGACUGAGAAGAAUAUGAGAUUGGUUAACAGUCUAGUUCCAGCUCAACAGAUCAAGAAGAUGUCAGAUUGGUUCUUCAAGGAAGUGGUGAACACAUUUCUUCCAUCUCAAACAAACCAAGAUCAUGUAGAAGGUGGUGAUCCUGAGUUUGAGAUAGAUCUUCUGUUUUUGUGUCAGUGCUUGUAUGAAUAUCAGUCUACUGAGGCCUGUCAGCUUUUCCUGGACAAACUCAACUACCAUCUAGACCUGAGUGGAGAACAUCUUGAUCCUCACCAGUGCUGUGCAGUCUCUUAUGUGACCAGUCAGUCUGCAGAGAGAAAGGUUGGAUUGGACCUGAACGGCUGCACUGUGUCAGACCAAGGAGUAAGGCUGAUACUGGGCUCUCUGAAGAAUGUCAGACAUCUUGGACCAUCCUCUGAUGAUUCAUCUGACCCCUCAAUGUUGUGUCAACUCUGGAAAACUUUGCUGAGCAGUGAGGCAGAGAUGGACUUCACCAGCUUACUUAGUCUCUGUGGAAAUGAGUUGCACCUUCCAGUCCAGGGUGAAGGACGAGUGUUUGAGAGAGCAGAAGAAGUGAUGACACAGAGUCUAGAGAGGGUUAAUCUCUGUGUACACUGGGAUCAGAGAACUGUUCUCAGUAAAGCUCUCAGCAAAACCAUCUUAAAGUGUCUACCAAAUAUCAACAAACUCAGGUUUACCCCUCUACAACAUCAGAGAGGAUCCCCUGAAAGACUGGAGACAGAAGAGAAAGCAGUCCUACUAGAUUUGUGUCUACAAGCAGCACUAGAUCACAGAGAAACAUUCCAGAGUACUGUGAACACACUGCUGUCACUGUUCUCUGUGUAUCAAACUGAGAGAUAUGACAUCCUGCUGGAUCUGUACUCUCAUGUGAAGUAUAAUAGGAAUCAAACAGCCAGGAGUAUCCUUCCAUCCUUGAAGCCACUUUACCAGUCAGCUUAUGCAGUCUGGUCCAUAGACCUCUCAGAGAGAAAGGCCUCCCUCCUCCUAGAAGUGUUGAAACUCCAACUAGAGAAGAAACCAGUAGAGCUGAAGGACUGGUCAGAUGAAAAGAGUGAAGUGAGGAGUUUCCUUCAGUGUCUGCCCUACAUCUCACAGCUGAGAUUUCUUCCACUGAAGGAUAACAUAAAGAGGAGAAAGAGAGAGAAGACGUUCCUACUGAAUCUGUGUCUUCAAGCAGUUCUCCAUGAGAGAGGAUCCAUACAAACAACUGUAGAGAAAGUGUUGUCGCUGUCUGAAGUAUAUCACAAUCAGAAAUGUGAUUUCCUGCUGGAUCUGUACUCACAUGUGAAGGACUAUGAGACUCAAACAGGCAGGAGUGUCCUUCCAGCAUUACAGACAGUUUACUUGUCAUCUCCUGCAGUCUGGUUCAUAGACCUCUCAGAGAGAAAGGCCUCCCUCCUCCUAGAAGUGCUGAAACUCCAACCAGAGAAGAAACCAGUAGAGCUGAAGGGCUGGUCAGAUGAAGAGAGUGAAGUGAGGAGUUUCCUUCCUUGUCUGUCCUACAUCUCACAGCUGAGAUUUAUUCCUCCACAGGAUCAGAGAAGAUCCCCUGAGGAGAGGACAAAGAGAGAAGACAUUCCUACUGAAUCUGACUAUGAGACUCAAACAGGCAGGAGUUUCCUUCCAGCAUUACAGCCAGUUUACCAGUCAUCUCCUGCAGUCUGGUCCAUAGACCUCUCAGAGAGAACGGGCUCCCUCCUCCUAGAAGUGCUGAAACUCCAACCAGAGAAGAAACCAGUAGAGCUGAAGAACUGGUCAGAUGAAGAGAGUGAAGUGAGGAGUUUCCUUCAGUGUCUGCCCUACAUCUCACAGCUGAGUUUCCAUCCAUGGUGGCCUGAUCCCUCAAAGCAGAUCAAGUUCCUGGUGGAUCUCCUGUCUCAAGCAGCAGAGUGGGAGGAGCAGACAGGAGAGAAGACACUGAAGCUGGUAUCAUCAGUGUGUUCUUACAGCACCUUUCCUUUUCUCAGUGGAGACAAUUAUAAACAGAGUGAUUUCCUGUUGGAUCUGUACUCACAUGUGAAGGACUAUGAGACUCAAACAGGCAGGAGUUUCCUUCCAGCAUUACAGCCAGUUUACCAGUCAGCUCCUGCAGUCUGGUCCAUAGACCUCUCAGAGAGAAAGGCCUCCCUCCUCCUAGAAGUGCUGAAACUCCAACCAGAGAAGAAACCAGUAGAGCUGAAGGGCUGGUCAGAUGAAGAGAGUGAAGUGAGGAGUUUCCUUCAGUGUCUGUCCCACAUCUCACAGCUGUGUUUCUGUCCACGGAGGUCUGAUCCCUCAAAGCAGAUCAAGUUCCUGGUGGAUCUCCUGUCUCAAGCAGCAGAGUGGGAGGAGCAGACAGGAGAGAAGACACUGAAGCUGGUAUCAUCAGUGUGGACUUACAGCACCUUUCCUUAUUGCCAUGGAGACAAUUAUAAACAGAGUGAUUUCCUGUUGGAUCUGUACUCACAUGUGAAGGACUAUGAGACUCAAACAGGCAAGAGUGUCCUUCCAGCAUUACAGACAGUUUACCAGUUAGCCAGUCCUGCAGUCUGGUCCAUAGACCUCUCAGAGAGAAAGGCCUCCCUCCUCCUAGAAGUGCUGAAACUCCAACCAGAGAAGAAACCAGUAGAGCUGAAGGGCUGGUCAGAUGAAGAGAGUGAAGUGAGGAUUUUCCUUCAGUGUCUGUCCUACAUCUCACAGCUGAGAUUUCCUCUACUGAAGGAUAAUAUAGAGACAAGAAAGAGAGAGAAGACAUUCCUACUGAAUCUGUGUCUUCAAGCAGCUCUCCAUGAGAGAGGAACCAUACAAACAACUGUAGAGAAAGUGUUGUUGCUGUCUAAAGUAUAUCGCUUUCAGAAAUGUGAUUUCCUGCUGGAUCUGUACUCACAUGUGAAGGACUAUGAGACUCAAACAGGCAGGAGUGUCCUUCCAGCAUUACAGACAGUUUACCAGUCAGCUCCUGCAGUCUGGUCCAUAGACCUCUCAGAGAGAAAGGCCUCCCUCCUCCUGGAAGUGCUGAAACUCCAACCAGAGAAGAAACCAGUAGAGCUGAAAGGCUGGUCAGAUGAAGAGAGUGAAGUGAGGAGUUUCCUUCAGUGUCUGCCCUACAUCUCACAGCUGAGUUUUACUCCUCCACAGGAUCAGAGAAGAUCCCCUGAGGAGAGGACAAAGAGAGAGAAGACAUUCCUACUGAAUCUGUGUCUUCAAGCAGCUCUCCAUGAGAGAGGAUCCAUACAAACACCUGUAGAGAAAGUGUUGUUGCUGUCUAAAGUAUAUCACAAUCAGCCAUGUGAUUUCCUGCUGGAUCUGUACUCACAUGUGAAGGACUAUGAGACUCAAACAGGCAGGAGUGUCCUUCCAGCAUUACAGCCAGUUUACCAGUCAGCCAGUCCUGCUAUCUGGUCCAUAGACCUCUCAGAGAGAAAGGCCUCCCUCCUCCUAGAAGUGCUGAAACUCCAACCAGAGAAGAAACCAGUAGAGCUGAAGGGCUGGUCAGAUGAAGAGAGUGAAGUGAGGAGUUUCCUUCAGUGUCUGCCCUACAUCUCACAGCUGAGAUUUAUUCCUCCACAGGGUCAGAGAAGAUCCCCUGAGGAGAGGACAAAGAGAGAGAAGACAUUCCUACUGAAUCUGUGUCUUCAAGCAGCUCUCCAUGAGAGAGGAUCCAUACAAACACCUGUAGAGAAAGUGUUGUUGCUGUCUGAAGUAUAUCGCUUUCAGCAAUGUGAUUUCCUGUUGGAUCUGUACUCACAUGUGAAGGACUAUGAGACUCAAACAGGCAGGAGUUUCCUUCCAGCAUUACAGACAGUUUACCAGUCAGCUCCUGCAGUCUGGUCCAUAGACCUCUCAGAGAGAAAGGCCUCCCUCCUCCUAGAAGUGCUGAAACUCCAACCAGAGAAGAAACCAGUAGAGCUGAAUGGCUGGUCAGAUGAAGACAGUGAAGUGAGGAGUUUCCUUCAGUGUCUGCCCUACAUCUCACAGCUGAGUUUCUCUCCAGACUGGUCUGAUCCCUCAAAGCUGAUCAAGUUCCUGGUGGAUCUCCUGUCUCAAGCAGCAGACUGGGAGGAGCAGACAGGAGAGAAGACACUGAAGCUGGUAUCAUCAGUGUGGACUUACAGCACCUUUCCUUAUCGCCAUGGAGACACUUCUGAACAGAGUGAUUUCCUGUUGGAUCUGUACUCACAUGUGAAGGACUAUGAGACUCAAACAGGCAGGAGUGUCCUUCCAGCAUUACAGACAGUUUACCAGUCAGCCAGGCCUGCAGUCUGGUCCAUAGACCUCUCAGAGAGAAAGGCCUCCCUCCUCCUAGAAGUGCUGAAACUCCAACCAGAGAAGAAACCAGUAGAGCUGAAGGGCUGGUCAGAUGAAGAGAGUACAGUGAGGAGUUUCCUUCAGUGUCUGUCCUACAUCUCACAGCUGAGUUUCUGUCCAUGGAGGUCUGAUCUCUCAAAGCAGAUCAAGUUCCUGGUGGAUCUCCUGUCUCAAGCAGCAGAGUGGGAGGAGCAGACAGGAGAGAAGACACUGAAGCUGGUAUCAUCAGUGUGUUCUUACAGCACCUUUCCUUUUCUCAGUGGAGACAAUUAUAAACAGAGUGAUUUCCUGCUGGAUCUGUACUCACAUGUGAAGGACUAUGAGACUCAAACAGGCAGGAUGGUCCUUCCAGCAUUACAGACAGUUUACCAGUCAGCUCCUGCAGUCUGGUCCAUUGACCUCAGAAAGAGAAAGGCCUCCCUCCUAGAAGUGCUGAAACUCCAACCAGAGAAGAAACCAGUAGAGCUGAAGGGCUGGUCAGAUGAAGAGAGUGAAGUGAGGAGUUUCCUUCAGUGUCUGCCCUACAUCUCACAGCUGAGUUUCUGUCCAGACUGGUCUGAUCUCUCAAAGCAGAUCAAGAUCCUGGUGGAUCUCCUGUCUCAAGCAGCAGACUGGGAGGAGCAGACAGGAGAGAAGACACUGAAGCUGGUAUCAUCAGUGUGUUCUUACAGCACCUUUCCUUAUCGCCAUGGAGACAAUUCUGAACAGAGUGAUUUCCUGCUGGAUCUGUACUCACAUGUGAAGGACUAUGAGACUCAAACAGGCAGGAGUGUCCUUCCAGCAUUACAGCCAGUUUACCAGUCAGCUCCUGCAGUCUGGUCCAUAGACCUCUCAGAGAGAAAGGCCUCCCUCCUCCUAGAAGUGCUGAAACUCCAACCAGAGAAGAAACCAGUAGAGCUGAAGGGCUGGUCAGAUGAAGAGAGUGAAGUGAGGAUUUUCCUUCAGUGUCUGUCCUACAUCUCACAGCUGAGGUUGUUUGUUGGUUAUGGUGAAGAGAAGGCCUGGACGUUACUGUCUAAACUCAGUGUUGCUGCAGCUGAGUUUGAUACGGAGACAGGAGAGAAUAUCUUAAAGACAUUAUCCUCCAUAUGCAGAUACAUAUAUGGUGAAGAUGAUGAUGAUGAUGAUGAUGAUGAUGAUGAUGGUAAAGAUCCAUUUAGAGAGAGUGAUUUCCUGCUGGAUCUGUACUCACAUGUGAAGGACUAUGAGACUCAAACAGGCAGGAGUGUCCUUCCAGCAUUACAGCCAGUUUACCAGUUAGCCAGUCCUGCAGUCUGGUCCAUAGACCUCUCAGAGAGAAAGGCCUCCCUCCUCCUAGAAGUGCUGAAACUCCAACCAGAGAAGAAACCAGUAGAGCUGAAUGGCUGGUCAGAUGAAGAGAGUGAAGUGAGGAGUUUCCUUCAGUGUCUGCCCUACAUCUCACAGCUGAGCUGUGGUGAUGACAGGUUCUUCCAGACUGUGUGUGAAUCCAUCCCUGUGAGGUCCAGAGAGGAGGACCAGCAGAUGGCCUCUCUCCUCCAGGCCUUGGGCUCCACCCUGUCACUGGGAGGAGAGUUACCCAGGAAAACCUGCAGGUCUGUGGGGAGAGUCCUGGGUCUCUGUGCCUCCAGAGUGGACCUCACUCUCACCCCCAGCAAGAUCUCUCUCCAAGGAGCCGCACUUCUUUUGAGACAUGAGUCAAAGCUCCACAAGCUCAGGCUCGGUGUGGGUAUGGCAGUGAAACUGUCCAGACUGGUUAGGAGGACAGGGAGAGGUGCUACUCCACUGACUGUCCGAGAACUCUCCCUGGUCCUAAAGAGCAGCCAGCCUCCAGAGAGAGUGUUAUCCAGGGCUCUGAGUAGUGUGGCGUCCCUGCUGAGACUCUGGAGGGUUCAGUGUCUGGACCUGACUGACUUCUGCAUCCAGGGUCACUCUCUCAUCACACUGCUGUGUCACCAGGGACCUCUCUCUCUCAGACUGAAUUCAGACACUCUGCAGCAGCUGACUGUAGUUGUGUAUGAAGCUCAGGACAAGGACUUGACUCAGUGGUUCCUGGAGAAGGUUGGUGGAGACCUGACCUCCUGCAGGCUGGACUGGGAAGUGCUUCUCUCUCUACUGCAGCAUUCAACCCACAACAUCACUGUGGACCUCAGGAAGAACCGGCUCCUAGAGAAGAACAGCUCAGAUCUUCUCCCCUUUCUGGGAAGGGUUACUCUCAAGAGGUUCAGUUCCAGCUUUGUAAAGUCCACCAUCAGACAGAUCUAUGACAGUAGAGACAGUGACUGUGUGUCCAGUUUGUUGAGGUCUUCAGACCAUUGGAUCAACCUGAACAGCAGAGAGCUGGACAGAGUGGACUGUACUGCUCUGUGUUUUACCCUGCAGCACAGCCACCAAGUCAAAGUCAACCUGCUGUGGACCUCCAUACCACCGGGGGAGAUAGAGAGCAUCCUGCCUCUUCUGGACAGAGUCUCCCAACUCAGUGUUGACAGGAGGUUACUGCUGAGUUUCCUCCAGUGCUGUGCUGCCUCUCAGGUCCAGCAGGGGGCACCAUCAUCACCACCAACAGCAGUAUGGCUGCUCAGGUCUCUGCAACACAGGCUGGACUUGUCCUGCUCCUCCUCUGUGGACCUGUCAGCUCAGGACCCAGGGGAGGCUCUGUGUCUGACUACUGACCACUGCAGGGCCAUCAACUCUGUUCUGAAGCAGAACCAACACGGCACCCAGCUGGUUCAGAACCAGGUCCAGCUCAUCCUAAGAGACUGUAAGGUGGAGGACAGAGCACUGAGGGAGCUGCUUCCCAGCCUGCAUAUUGUCAAGCUGAGUCCCAGCAAAAAUCUGUUACUUCAGCUGCUGGACCUUGUGUGUGAGGGGAUUGAAGAGGGGCUGCUGAGGCACGCAGAGUCCCUGUGCAGAGCCCUGGAUGGGGAGCUGGACCUCAGUGAGACCAGGCUGGACCAGAAUGCCUGUGGAUCUCUGGCCCUGGUUCUGGAACACUCAGAGGGUCUGUCAGAACUGGACCUCAGCCACUGUCAACUCACAGAUCACCAGCUACAGCCCCUGAUCACACACCUGCAUAAAGUACAAGUCCUGGACCUGAGCCACAAUGACAUCACUGAUGCUCUGACUGACAGAUUUCUCCAACUGGUCUCUACCAACACUUCAAUACACACCAUACGACUCUUCAACAACAGAAUCCAGGACAGAAGACCCUUCCUGACAGACAAGAGGUUUGACAUCUGGUGAAACAACAUCAGGUCUUAGUCCAGGAAGAGAAGGCUGAAUCCAGGACAGAAGACCCUUCCUGACAGACAAGAGCUUUGACAUCUGGUGAAACAACAUCAGGUCUUAGUCCAGGAAGAGAAGGCAGAAACCAGGGCAGAAGACCCUUCCUGACAGACAAGAGCUUUGACAUCUGGUGAAACAACAUCAGGUCUUAGUCCAGGAAGAGAAGGCUGAAACCAGGGCAGAAGACCCUUCCUGACAGACAAGAGGUUUGACAUCUGGUGAAACAACAUCAGGUCUUAGUCCAGGAAGAGAAGGCUGAAUCCAGGACAGAAGACCCUUCCUGACAGACAAGAGCUUUGACAUCUGGUGAAACAACAUCAGGUCUUAGUCCAGGAAGAGAAGGCUGAAUCCAGGACAGAAGACCCUUCCUGACAGACAAGAGCUUUGACAUCUGGUGAAACAACAUCAGGUCUUAGUCCAGGAAGAGAAGGCUGAAUCCAGGACAGAAGACCCUUCCUGACAGACAAGAGCUUUGACAUCUGGUGAAACAACAUCAGGUCUUAGUCCAGGAAGAGAAGGCUGAAUCCAGGACAGAAGACCCUUCCUGACAGACAAGAGGUUUGACAUCUGGUGAAACAACAUCAGGUCUUAGUCCAGGAAGAGAAGGCUGAAUCCAGGACAGAAGACCCUUCCUGACAGACAAGAGGUUUGACAUCUGGUGAAACAACAUCAGGUCUUAGUCCAGGAAGAGAAGGCUGAAUCCAGGACAGAAGACCCUUCCUGACAGACAAGAGGUUUGACAUCUGGUGAAACAACAUCAGGUCUUAGUCCAGGAAGAGAAGGCUGAAUCCAGGGCAGAAGACCCUUCCUGACAGACAAGAGCUUUGACAUCUGGUGAAGAUAAUGUUGUAUAAUAACUCUUUGAUGUGGAACAUAAACUGAUGGAACAUUUUAAUACAAAAGACACACAACAAACAGUUUUUUCCAGCUGGAACAGUCCGAUCAUGUAUAAACUACAGUCAACAGACUCAUUAAAGAGAUUCUCUGAUA